GCUCAGGUCCCAGGGAAUUGAUGAGUGCUCCCACCUCAGUCGUUGCCAGGAGGAGAGAUGAAGUUAAAUUUAACAGCUGCGUUUUUGUUGUAUUAUACACGAGUGCAAUCUUACUCAAAGAAACAGACAUGAUCAAAAGCAGCAUUCACACAGGAGCAAUAGCUUGCACAUAACUAUGCUUCUCUCAGCAACUUUGGAGUUGGACUUAGCGAACCCUGUGGGUCCCCUCCAACUUAAGACAUUCUAUGACUCUGUGAUUUAAACAACAACAACAAAACAAUCCCAAAUCACAAAAUCUUUCAUCUUCUCAGCUUUAAACAUUCAUUUCCCUCAGUGUUAUCCCUGAGCAGCUCUCGGGUUUUUCAAGCAGUCAUCAAGGCGCCUGCUGCAGAGCUGCGAGCUCGGCUCGCGUCCCACGGGGAGGAGUUCUCCCGCUGCCGAGGAUCCGGCGGCGCGCAGGACGCGCUGCUCCAAGGCCGCAUCACCUCGCCGUGCUGCCAUGGGGGAUCGGUCAGAGCGAGCCAAGGAGAAGCCCCCUGAGCAGAUUUCGGGCUAAAAAUGGACAACUCCUUCGUGGAAGAAGUGGCUGCAUCUCUGGUGAGAGAAUUUCUCAGUAGAAAGGGUCUGAAGAAAACCAUCAGCACCAUGGACCGGGAGCUCCCACGUUCUGCACUUAGCAUCAAUAACAGGAAUGAACUUCGAAACGUCCUGCAUUUGCACUCCCUGUACAAACAGAACAAGGCAAAGGAGAACCCUCUGAAAACACUUCUUGAAAUCAUUACUAAUUAUUUCCUUGAGCACCGUGGGACCUCCAGGAGCACCAGUUCAAGUUCUGCUCUGUCAGCUUCUCAAAGUAAGAGCUCAGCAUCCCAUCCACCUGACUUCUCAGAUGAAGAUCGUGCGUGUGGGAAUGCCAGUCUGCCUCACGACAGCAAAACUCAAGCCUCCAGACACGAUGUUGAGAAUCCACCUGAUAAAAUCCUUCAAUCCAGAAAACAUCAACACAAAAGUGAAAAAUGCCAUGCAGGGACAAUAUGCAACAGCCACUUAACCUCUGAUGGGGAUAGGAAGUUAAAGGGUAGUCAAGAAGAUUUAAAAUCAACAAUGAUUUCUGAAGAGCUGCAAGCCACAGUGAAGGACAAGCAGAGGCCCAGGUCUGGUCUCAUUGUCAGAGGCAUGAUGGCAGGACCAGGACCAAGUUCCCCAGAGGAUCUGCAGAAAAGGAGGUCAAAACGAUCCACCAGCAUCAGUAGCACAGCACUGCUCAAGGGUGAAAAACAUGAAGGAAACGACCUGAGUGCCCCAAAUGUUGAUUCCCAAGAAAAUAAAGGAUCUUCAGCACAACUGAACCCAGAGUUUGCAUCAAGGACUUUGUCAAGCUCACACGUGAGUUCAGCUUCUGAAAAACUAAGGACCAUCUCCAAAGAUACAUGUGACUCUUUUAUCAGACUGCUGUCUGAAAGGGCGAGGACCAAGAUGGAGGAAAGAAAAUCAGUUCCAAGCUUUUGUACAGACAGCGGUGAGAAAAGCCUUAAAGUCAGUGCCCCGCACAGACAUUCAGGGUCUGGAAGAGAGAAGAGAGAAAGGACCCUCAAGAAAAGCGAGAGCUGGUUAUCAGGCCACAGGAAGUCUCCAACAUCCACUUGGAAUAAGGAAGACCAGAUGAAAGAUACCCUAGAAUUAGUUGAUGUUGAGGAUGAAGCAACAACUGGAGAAGUCAGUAGGAACCUGAAUCUUACAACACUGCAUGUGAUUCAAGAAGCAUCAAAGGCGAUUGAUAUUUCUCUUGCCAAAGAAUUAAAAAACCUUUUGUUUGGCUCCAGUCUUUGUUGCUUCAGUGAAGAAUGGAAAAUACAGAGCUUUACGUUUAAUAGCAUACCUCAGUUAAAAUAUGGCUUUGUACAAAAAAAGGGUGGCCCGUGUGGAGUACUGGCAGCAGUUCAAGCUUGUGUUCUACAGCAGCUUGUCUUUGGAGACAGUAACAGGAAUAAGGAUGCUCGCUGUCUCCAGCCCUCAGAAGCUCACAGGACCAAGUGCCUCACCAUGGCUCUUGCAGACAUCUUGUGGCGUGCAGGAGGCAAUGAAAAAGCGGUUGUGGCACUGCCGUCAGGAAGACAACAGUUCACUCCCAUAGGAAAAUACAAGGCCGAUGGAAUCUUAGAAACUCUAAUCCUGCGUAGUGCCACAAGAUAUGAAGAUCUGAUUGUACUUCUUCAGCAGAGUAUUCACCAGUUUGAAAUUGGUCCCUGUGGGUGCAUCCUUCUGACCGUGUCCGUCAUCUUAUCGAGAUCUAUCAAUCUGGUGCGCAAUGAUUUCGACGUCCUCACGAACCGGCUGAUCGGCAGCCAUGGCUACUGCACCCAGGAAUUAGUGAACUUGCUGUUGACUGGCAAAGCUGUGUCCAACGUUUUCAAUGAUGUGAUAGAGCUGAAUUCUGGGAAUGGAAAUAUCACCAUUCUGAAAGGCAUCACAAGCCGCAGUGACAUCGGUUUGCUGUCUCUCUUUGAGCACUACGACGUCUGCCAGGUUGGUUCUUACCUGAAGACUCCUAAAUACCCAAUUUGGUUGGUAUGCAGUGAAAGCCACUUCAGUGUGCUUUUUUGUUUGGAAAAGGAUUUACAAAGCGACUGGAAAACCGAGAGGAGGUUUGAUCUCUAUUAUUAUGAUGGCUUGGCCAACCAAGAAGAAGAAAUACGAUUAACAGUUGACACGACUCAGAUGUGCACUGAAGAUAAAGAAAAUGAUCUUACUCCUCCACUUGAGCACUGCAUUAGGACAAAGUGGCAAGGAGCUGUUAUUGACUGGAAUGGCACAGAACCAAUCUUGUGACUGACCCGACCUGCACUUUAUUUGUACAGAAAAAAGAAGGAAACGACAGAAUUAGCACAUUCCUAUUCCCACCAAUAGAGGAAAUAGGACAGGAGUUCUAUGCCAUGUAUGGUGAGGAAGAAUGACAUGGCUGUGUGCAGGCUGGAGGAGUGUCACCUCGUUCACCUCAUGCUUCGGGUAUUUUGCUUAUAAUGCAAACAACACUUAGAUAAAUCCUUUGUUGCUGCCUUUAAUGUACAGUUUCGAAGUGUAGACUGGGUCUCCAGUGCCAAGUGAUGGUUAUGGGUGAAGUGGUGGAAUUGUCAAUGUCCCCUCGAGGUCCCUUUCUGGAUCAACUCUGUAUCCUGCAAUUGUUCCCAAAAAUCUGACGAAAGGAGCCGAGCUGCUAUUUCUAUCCCUGUUCUCGCCUUCCUGUACUGCCUCAUUCUUCACCUGCAACACAUCCAGUGCCAGUAUGAAACAUCAUCUAAGGAAUAAAUAUUCACUUCAUUACCGUGUAUUACUAAGUCUAAGUCUGAGACUGAACCUACUGGUAACCACAUGGGCUAGGGUUUACUUACUAGGGUUUAUUUACAUCAAAGUGGUCGAUAAGUUCUGUGGUUUGCAAGAAAACAGAAGUGAUGUUAGACUGGAAAUGUAAAGGGUACCUGUUUGUGAUAGGUACUGUUAUUCAUGAUUAAAUAAAGUGAGCCUGAGAAAAUGGUGUAUGGUGGAGAUGUACCACGAGGUACGAAAACAGCAGAUUGUAUUCUGAAAUGAUUUCUUUAAGUGACAUAUUUUGGCAAAAAUUUACCAAAACUGGAACGAGUUACUGAACUGAAAAUUGGAAAAAAUGCUUUGGAAAAUAUUUAUUGCUAAUGGACAAGCUGCAGGGAAAUGGUGUUUCUAGAAUUAUUUUUGUCUUUUGGGAGUGCAUAUCUCAUGGGAGUUUAACAGACUUAAUUUCUGACUUUUUUGUAGCACCCUCUUACUGGUCAGUAUGCAAACCUCUCUGAGCCCAGAUAAACCACUUGCUAUUUUCGAAAUCAAUUUCCAUCAGAAAUUCAACGUUCUACUCCGUGUAGCUGAAAGAUACCGAGCUGUCUCUGCAGAUACAAAUUUCAGGGCACUAGCACAUGAGCUAAAUUUGGAGAGCAGCCUGUGCAUGAGCCGUACAUGCUACCAGAAAACAUUAGGUAGUGUGUGGAUAAACUUCAGGCCCCGCUUUGCUUCUUGUGCACAUCAAACUGUCUACACGCGGUAAAGCAUCUCAGAGCUGCAAUCAUUUUCAUUUUAUGGGAUGCAAUACGAUGUAAUUUGUUUGUUUGAGGUCAGAUAGGCAAACUUCUUUCUGUGAACUUGGUGAGAUGAGUAUCUCCCAUUCAGCCUUGGUGUCAUGGAGAGCAUCAGAUCUGAGCCCAUUCCUGAUUCCCUCUAGGUACAUUACAUGAAAUUGCCAACUCCAUUUCAGUCUACGUCGGGGGAUGUUUGUACUGCCAGCUGCUGGUGGACAUAAGGCUGCCUUUAUGAUGCACACCUUGUCUAACCUUCAAGAGCUCCAUUUCCUGGAUCCCAAACAUUCAAAGAUCCCAGUUUUGCACAGCUUGGAAAACCAUGAACGCAGUGGUGGCUGGGCAUGGAGUCAGCCAGGCCACCAGCUUGUGUUAAACAUCUGUUUUAUUGAAUUUUCCUGUAAGCUACAGUUGCCAUGUGCAUCAUGGUGCAAACAUAGUCUGAGGGGGCAGCGAGAACAUAAGAUUUUUCAGAAUGCGUUUGGACAGAAAAUAGUGUAGAGAUGAAAAACAGUGGAAGAUUUUUGGAACUAGGCGUAUCAAAAAAAACUCCUUUCUGAACCAUUCCUCUUGGGGAGGAAGGGAGCUGCCGUGUUACAGCCCUGAUUUCAUCUGGCUGGAAUAUGGACGUCUCCAGUGUUGAGCUGUUUCUCUGGGCUUCCUUCAGAGUAAGCUGUGAUUUAUCUUUUCUUGUGGAUAAGAAGAAAUGUGCUCCUGACUGGGGGAUUAUAAACUGAGUAUAGAUGGAGCCCAAGGGGAUUGCCUCGGGUGAACUCCGUCCCUCAAGAUGUAAGAAUUUUUCAGGGUUUAAGAAAGAGUUGAAGAUUAAUGAAUAAGGCUUGGAAACUGAUGGUGUUUUAUGGUUUAUCUUGAAAGAUAAAUGAAGGUGGGAGGGAGCCCUGUACUCUGAUCCUCUUUUUAAAACAGGCUGCAAAGUCUUUAAGGCUCUAGUCUUACUGAUUAUGGAGAAUAUUUUUGUUGAAUCUUAAAUUCUGUUACAACAGAAUCCCAUUGAGCCAGAUCUUUCUUAUUCAUUAUCUGUAAUUAUUUCCACACAUUUUUUUCUGUGAAGUCCAUUGUCAGCCAUCUGUUUAAGACAAACUAACUCAAGAUUCACCCAUGCCAAGAAAUAUAACAGCUUAUUGAAGCACCACCUCUGCAGGGCAGUCCCACCAAGCUGGAGCACUGCAUUGCUAAGCCGCUGCCACCAGCCUGGCUCUCGAGGUUUCCUGUGGCAUCCUUCAAUAAAGAGGGAAUGGGCAAUGAAAAUACUCGUUUAGAUCUACCUCUUUGGCAGAAAACCAACCCACCAAACCUCUUUCGAUUUCUGCAUCAAGAAAAAGACUCAAUUAUUUUAAUUUGAUGACAAAACGCAUGAGGCAAUUUGCCUUACGGCAUCACAUAUCUUUUGGAAUCAAAUAAUUAGACAAACCAAUACAAAACAUUAUACAGCAAUGCAAAAACCUUUGCCCAGACCUGUGCAGAAACAUAUCCUGUCGUAGGAGCCUACAUCUAGUUUGUUGAUUAUGUUUUCCUUUUCAUUGUUUCCCGUUUUCGUUUUCAUUGCCCGAUGAACGUGACUUCCUGAGGUGAACAAAGCAACUGUUUGCGAAUAGUGCAGUACAAGACACUGGCACUGGGCCUCUAUGUAUAUCUUAAAAUCAUUCUCUUCCCUUCUGUGCUAUGAAAAAUAGACCCUCUGCUGAGACAUGACGCCUUAGCUUACAACGGACAGCACCUAUUGUAAAUCUAAGCAGAAGUGCUAUUUUGGUAAAAUGUCAUCAAUAUUGCCAGUGUGCAAAAUGUAUAGUUAACUUUGUUUUGUACAGAGUAUCCCGUACAAAUAAAACCUUUAAAGAAAAGACAAUA